AACAUUUGCUGAAUAUGGAUACCACGACGUUAGCUCCACAUGGAUCCGUACAAAAGGAUCUUUCGUCUCAUUGGUUGCCGAAGAAUGCCAACAAUUCUUACAAUAUUUCCUCUUUGCAAUGUAAAGAAAUCGAUAUUCCAGAGGAGAUCUUCUUAACACUUGGUCUUCUCAGUUUUUUGGAAAAUAUGCUGGUUAUCAUAGCUAUUGUUAAAAACCGGAAUUUGCAUUCUCCGAUGUAUUAUUUCAUUUGCUGCCUGGCUGUGGCAGAUAUGUUGGUCAGUGUGAGUAAUACAAUAGAAACAAUUGUUAUUAUUCUAAUGGAGAAACAAGCGAUGGUUGUGCAGAACUACACCCUUAAACACAUAGACAAUCUAAUAGAUCUGAUGAUCUGUACCUCAAUGAUAUCGUCACUCUCCUUCUUGGCUGCCAUUGCAGCUGACAGGUACAUCACUAUAUUUUACGCCUUACGAUAUCAUGUCAUUAUGACCACUCGGAAUGCUGCCAUCAUCAUUGUUGGAAUCUGGAUAGUCAGCAGUGUCUCGAGCAUCUUAUUCAUCGUCUACUCGGAGAGUGGCGCGGUCAUUAUCUGCCUCAUUUCCUUCUUCUUUGCAAUGUUGUUGAUCAUGGGUGGCAUGUACUUCCACAUGUUUACUCUUGCUCAAAGUCACACCAAGAAGAUGAUGAUGCAACGGAAGAAGAGAACUGCCCACCAAGCUGCCAACAUGAAAGGAGCCAUCACACUGACAAUAUUGCUGGGACUCUUUCUCAUUUGCUGGAGUCCCUUCUUCCUCCAUCUUCUGCUCAUCAUCAGUUGUCCUAACAACCCCUAUUGUCUGUGCUUCACUUCCCACUUCAACAUGUUCCUGAUUCUCAUCAUUUGCAAUUCGGUCUUUGAUCCCAUCAUCUAUGCAUUAAGAAGCCAGGAACUACGCAAAACCGUAAAGGAAAUUGCUUUCUGUUCUUGGUAG